UGUGAACACCUAUGGUUUGAAAGGAAGCGAGCCAAAAUUGAUGCCAAGGUUUACUGCGAGGUAAUGGACGUUGAAGAGCAGUUUGACAUUAUGGACAGUGAGGAGGAGGCAGAGGGUGAGGAGAUUGACCUGCCAUUGUCGGAUGCACAUCAAAAUGGAGUGAGAGACGAAACGUCUCCGCUGUCCACUAUGGGUGGUAAACAAGCGAUGGAGGAAGAUGUUGGCAGCACUAUUGCGAAUACCAAGCCCGAUAAUAUGAUGUGUGGAACAACGCCGAAAACAGGUGGUGCAAUGGAAGGCAGCACAUCCAAGAAAAGAGUCCUCAGGAGCAGGUUUUAUGAAAUCGCAAAGGACAACUUGUCUACCCGCGUGAAGCAGGCGAACAGAGAGGCCCCAGACCACAAAAUAUCAGACAAAGUGAACUCGUUAUUCGAGUUCCUGCGUGAAAAUCACCUUCUCGAGUAUAACGCUGCGUUCUACGAUAAAAAAUUGAGUCCAUCCUAUAAAGCUGUCAUAUGGUCUGUGGACUACCGUGCAACAAACUGUAUAUACGUCAGCGACAUACUUGUGGGAUGCAGUCAAGGCCUUGAGGGACACACAGGUGCAAGGAAGAAGAUCGAUUCAGCAGCAGCAGGAGGUGGUGGCGAGAGUGUGGCAGACAAGGAAGGGCAUCUCAGGAUGCAAAACGCAAUGGGAGAUGAGUUCAGUGAGCGGCGAUCGAGCACACCGCAACCAACACUUAGACCGUCAGAAGGCAUCAGUGUAGUGGGAGUCAGAAGUGAGACAACACCAACAGCAGGCAGGGAAGUUGUUGGCGAUGACAGGAAGGACGAAAAGAUUGAAGAGGACGAGCGACAAAAAGCAUCAGACGAAGAAGGGCCAAAACUCCAGGCACAUGAGGUAGUGAAGGCGGAGGCAGGGAAGGCCGAUUCGCAUUCCAAACAGUCGUAAGGAACACACGAUACGACUGUCAUCACUGCAGAGGCGCAAGGCACCGACGAAGACAUAAGGGAGCAAAGUGCACAUCAG